GGCUCAUUUGGAGUUGUACACCGAGCUAAAGAGAAGGCUACGGGACGCACCUACGUGGUUAAAUUCGUGCCCACGCCUACGGAAGCGGAGCGGAAUGCUGUGAACAAUGAGGCGAACAUAAUGAAACAACUGAACCAUCCAAAACUUUUGCACCUUCAUGAGGUCUUCUCAGAACCUAACGAAACUGCUUUGGUUCUCGAAUUUCUCUCUGGAGGUGAGCUGUUUGAUAGAAUCGCGGACGAUGGCUAUACCAUGAAUGAGGCCGAGGUGAUUAAGUAUAUUCGACAACUGCUCGAAGGUCUGCAGUACAUGCACGAGAAUCACAUUGUUCACCUCGAUAUCAAGCCCGAAAACAUCAUGUGUGAGACCAGCCGUUCCACUGACAUCAAGUUGGUUGACUUUGGCCUCGCCACGAAGCUGAAUCCUCAGGAUGAGGUGCGAGUGACCACUGCAACACCUGAAUUCGCAGCUCCUGAGAUUGCUGAUCACAAUCCUGUUGGUUUCUAUACCGAUAUGUGGGCCGUUGGUGUGCUUGCCUAUAUCCUCCUCUCCGGUACUUCUCCGUUUGCCGGCUCUGAUACCAUGGAGACCCUCCGCAAUGUCAGCCGAGCCUCUUAUGACUUCAAUGAUGAUGCUUUCCGAGAUGUCUCUGAUAAAGCAAAGGACUUUAUCUCGAAACUACUCAUCAAAGCUCCGGAGUAUGCAUAA